AAUUCCCAAAGGUUCAUCUAUCUUAAGCAUUUGCUUCUACUUACGUGUGGUUCAAGAAAUUUAAUUCACCAAAAUCAUGAAGCGUUUUGUAUUAUUGGCAAUAUUCCUAACUGCGCAAGGGAUAACAGGUUUUCCCCGAAAUCCCCGACAUCUAUUUAGGCACGAUUCUUUCGAAGAUGAUUCUUUCGAAAAUGAUACAGAUGAUUAUACAGAUGAUUAUACAGAUGAUUAUACAGAUGAUCUAGAAUCAAAAAAAAUAGUACCUGACUCAAAGAUCACGGAAAUCGAAUCACCCGUUCGUGAAGAUUUUCCGAAAGUAGCGAACAUAAGUAAUCCAGUCACUGUAAACACAGAUACUUUGGACGAUAAAUCAGUAUCCACUUUACUACCAUUAGAUAAAAUUUACCACCAACUUGACACAUUACAUAGCUUGCGUGAGUUCGAAGCUACUGUUGUUGCGAAGGAUUUGAUUACAAAAAAUCAAUCGACACCUGUAAACACCACAUCAAACGAUAAAGUACAUGAAUACGUAAUAAAUUUUGUACCAGACAAAUCUAUAAUUUUGAUAAACAAUCAAUUUACACUGAUUUUCGGUGAAAGAUUAAAACCUGAGGAAAAUAAUAAGGAGGAAAAAGAAAAGUUGGAAGAUAACAAGGAGAAAAAAGAAAAAUUGGAAGAUAACAAGGAGGAAAAAGAAAAGUUAGAAGAUAACAAGGAGAAAUUGGAACAUAACUAUUAUAGAAUCUAGCGAAUUAUGAAAGUUCUAUAUCUGAGAAUUCUAUAUCUGAGAGUUCUUUAUCUGAGAGUUCUAUAUCUGAGAGUACUGCAUCAAGCAAUGUAUUGAAAAAAAAACGAAAAUCUUCCAUCAUUUUUACUUUUCGAUCUUCCCUCUGGGAAAAUCGUAAGACCUCUAUAAGACCUAUAAAAAGGAAAAGUCUAAUUCAGAAGAUAUCUCGAAGAGCACUUCGAGCGACAUUAGUGUAUAACCCAUAAGUAGCUGAUUCAUAUCGGGGGCUAAGGAGACUGUAGUCCCAGGCCUCAUCUUUUUAGAAUUUAGAAGGUCUCUUACUCUUAUUGUUAGCUUAAAAUUAUAUUUCAUUAAUAAAAGUAAAUAAUCGAAUGCA